AUGCAGGAUUAUCGAAGGCGUAUUGCACCUAUACCUCCAGCGGCCUCCGAUUACAUUGUCAUGGCGGUGUUGAAAAACGAACAACUGCUAAUACGUAGCGGUAUCCACCUCCUUCACGCUUACGGUGAUGUGGGAGCGGAAAAUUCAUUGUACAAGUCUCGAGAACUAGAUGCACAACUAUAUCGACUAGCCAUUGAAAGCUCACAGCAGCAUAAUACAGCCCCAUCUAGAUACGAUUUUCGUCCACAGAGAUCGUCGAUGAAUUUUGACGCUUACAUGAUGGAAACCGCAUCGAACGAUCCAAAUGUCUCCGAUAGUGACGAUAUUUCUAUUUAUGAACCUCCAGCCAAGGCGAACGCCACAACCAAGAAAGAGCGUACUGCAACCCCAUCAAUUGAAAGAGAAUUUCCGAAUGGUUCCGCAUGUUCUGGUGACAACUACGAUCUCACAGUACCCGAAUUGGAUUAUUCCGAUGUAUCAGAAAUUGAAAUUCAACGACUACGAAUGGAGACGUUAAAGAGCGAAAAACGAAUGUUUGAAAAGUGGACGGAAAUGGCGGCGGCUCAAAUCAAAACGUUGGAGUCGAUGAUGUCAAUGCAAAAGGAAUUUCUUCAACAAGUUACUAAAAUCGUCAAGGGUGUUGUCCCAACUCAACAACCCCGGCGAACCUCAUCUAAUCGCCAUGAUCGCGGGCAAGCACACGGUCAAGAGAUAUUCGGAUUUGAGAUAUUUUAA